GACUACUUUCCUUUCCAAAAUGAAGCUGAAACCUUCCAUUUGAUUUUUUUCCUAAGUUGUCGUAGGACUAUAUCAAGCUAAACUGGAAAAUAAAGCAAAAAGAAAUCCGAGACAAAGUCUAAUAAGAUUAACCUCACCGUUAUUUGAAUCAUUUAAGAUCUUGUAAUGUUCAUUUGUUAUGUUGGAUCAUGUUAUUUAGUCCGUUCAUUGAACCAGAAUCAGCUGAUUGAGCGCGCUUUACGUGUGUUUCCAUUCAAUGAUGGGGAGUUCUUUUAGACCAGCGGACUAUUUGUCGCAUAAUAUUCACCAUGUUUAUUCUCAACACGAUAAUAUGCAGAACACGCUUGGUAAACAUAGACGGAUGCGUUCAGAGGGGUCUGCCUGUAUCACCUCAUCUUUCUGUGAUCCUCUGAUCUCAAAUCAAACAGAUGCAGAUUGGAUGCCACAGUCUGCUGUCAGGAGGCGAAAGUUGCCGAAGUUUUGCCUGCCCAGCGAUUCUUCAAACCAUGUGGCCACCAACGCAUAUACACCACAACCGUCUUGGGAUCUAAAUUCGUCUGUCACAGACUUGCAGUCACUAACUGUUCCCAAAACAAAUCACUCUCCCUUGUGCGCACAUCGUCGAUCUGCUAGUUAUGGUGGAGAUUACUUUACGUUCGCAGCUCAUGAGAUUGGAGAGGCUGCUAGUAGGGCUGUAGAACAAGCAGAAGAGUUGGUUAUUCACCUUUGGAAAAAAGGGUGGAGAGUAGUUCAUCACCAUAGCUUACCACACUGGUUAAAAGACAACGAUUUUAUCCUCCGGGGUCACCGUCCUCAACUCCCAUCAUUUCGUGAAUGCUUCCGUUCUAUCUUCCGACUUCAUACGGAAACAGGAAAUAUUUGGACACAUCUCAUUGGUAAAUCGUCAAUGAUUUGUGUGUUAAUAUUUGCAUCCAUCUUAUUCCACUUUGACUCCAACUUACGAAACAAAUCUUGUCGAUACAUACCUAUUACGUUUGUAUUGAUUGUCUGUGCUGUUACUUUUCUUGGUCUUCCUCGUAACCUUGAACUGUGAGCACUAUUGAUAACUCGUAACACGCCUCACUGGAUGUUUUUUUAGAGAAAUAUCAUAAUGGUGUCAUUAAGACCUGUAUGGAUUUUGCAUUAGGUAGAGGUCCCUGUAAGUCUUAAUUUUUUGACUUCUAAUUCAUAAAAAGUCCACAUAUUUCAGAUAUAUGCUGAGACCUCAACGUGUAGGUUCUCUGGCAUAAAUACAACUUGUUGGGCAUCAUUAUUGCUUUGAUGGCAUUGUGUGGUGUUUGCGUUCUACAUUCCUAUGUUAAUGGAUGUAAAACAUCUUGGGUUUUUUGUUACUGCUCUUAUGUUUCAGUCUACAGGAUAAGUCCGAAAGUGUAGUUUUUGACUGAGAGCCAUUUACAUUUCCGUAGUUAAAGUAAUAUAUUUCUGUCACCGUGUAAUAAUUCGUGGAACUUCAUUCCGUUUUUACUUUAUCGUCUCGGUGAUUGCAUCGCGUUUCCGCCUCAAACUGUCACACUAUUAGAAAACUCAAAUUCAGAGGUCUUCUUUUCGUAAGAUAUAUAUCUUUUCUUUUAGGUAGAUCAAAACUGGUUUUAACUAUUCACUAUAUUAAGAUGACUAAGUAGUGGCUUCACAUAAUCCAAGUGACCAAAUAUAUAUUCAUUAUUUUGAAGUCAACAAACAAAAAGCUCUAAAAUACUUCCAAACAAUAGCUAGAUCCCAAUUAUGUUUAAAAACUUCAGACAAUUUAUACAUAUGUGAGAACAUUUCAUUUCAUUGAUGGCAGUCUUUCAAUAAGCUAAGUGACAAUAUCACCUUUAGCAUUACCUUAUUAUAUUUUGAGUGUGGACUGUUUUGUGUUUGCUAUUAUUAAGUUUUAGGUUAUUUUCCAGUAUUUACGUCACUGUUUGAUUAGUCUCUGAUCUCAGUAAUCACUAAUUAAACAGAUAUAUCAUUCUUUCAUUUGCUAAUAUUUAGGUCGUAUUUAAUAGUAAUCAGUAAAGCCGACAUUUUGUUCCAUAUAUUUUAAAACUCAAAGUCUUAAUGAUAAUACCUGUCGGAAAUAUGUAAAUAUUUGUGAUAUUCACGAUAUAUCCAUUCUGUGUGGUUUUUGCAUCUGCAUUUUUGUGCAUUGGGUGGUUUUAACACAUCAACUCAACUUCCUGACACGUGUCAUCUAAUUUUUCCGACUUUUUUGUAGGUUUCGUUUGUUUUCUGAUCUUGAGUAUCUCAUUUCUAGUUCAUCCGGGUUUAAAUAUACAUUGGCAAGAGAAAAUGGUUGUUCAGGUAUUUUUUACAAGCGCCAUCCUUGCACUUGGUUUUUCGUGGUUGUUUCACACAGUUUAUUGCCAUUCAGAACGUGUUGGUAAAUUAUUCAACAAAUUGGACUAUGUUGGAAUAUCAUUACUUGUUAUCGGGUCAUUUAUCCCAUGGAUCCAUUAUUCUUUCUAUUGUUAUAAUUCAUUCAAACUUGUUUAUAUUUUGGCUGUGCUGAUACUUGGUGGAUUUUGCGCUUUUGUAUGCACGCAAGAUUAUUUUCUUAGCCCAACGUAUCGUGCAGCUAGAGCACGUAAGUUAUGUAUGCAUACCGUAUCCGCGAUUUAAUUGUAUAAUAGUUAAAAUAUCAAGUACUGAUCGGUUUCAAGUCACUGGAGGAGACUGACAAGACAUAUGUGGCAGUAUUUUGUCACUUUUCUCCGGUGACUUGAAACUGUUAAUCGAUUCUCGGUUAAAUUGUGUGUUACAUUUUACUCUGUCCCAAUCAAAAUCGAAGGUAAAUAUGCUAUAACGUUAUUAGUCAAUUUUUGCAAUAGAAACUGGAGAAGAGAACAGUUUAAUUUAAAGAGAUCACUUUCUUUCGUCUCAAACUGUUUCCAAUUAAUUGGUUUAUGAGCUAUCUCAGAGUAACAAUAUUCAUCCUAGAAAGGCCUGACAAAAUAUGAUUGGUGCCAGGAAUAUUUAAUUGUUUAAUAAUCAGGGGAAAAUAAUGCUAGUGGACUGUAAAUAUUUGUGACUAAAUUAAAAGGCAUCUGAACUAAACAAUCAUCAUAAGAAAUUAGAGCAAUUGAUGGGAGACUUAAAGAAGUAGGCUAACUUUCGAAUAAACUUCCAAUUAAAAACUUGAUCGUAGAGUCGAUGUUGGCUUUAUAGUCUUCAACGAGAUCGACGAAGUCGCUUAACAGGGUCCAAGACUUAGAAUUGAGUUUAAUUAACCUAUUUAUGUCUAUUCGUAAAGAUUUUUCCUGAUUAAUAAUUGACUGAUGGUUUGGAUUUGUAAAUCGGAUUAUGUCCUAUUCUAUUGGUUUCAGUAUUUGAUUAGAUCAGUUCAUGAUAAAGGAAGUUCUCUUAAGUUCACUAGAAACGACUUAAUCAGAUUUACUAUUAUUUCCAGGUAACUUUACUUCAAUACAUUGGUAAAGAGCACAAAUAUAGCUGCAUCUUUGACAGAUUACAAAAACAUUCUAUGAAGUCAUAUCUAUGAAAUUCUUUAGUUUAUUCAAUACUCGACUCUUACACACCAUGUGCAAUGAUUUUGAUAUUUUAACAGCGAGUAAUAUGUCUACAUACUUUAGUUAACUAAAUAUUGGUUGUCGACGAUAUCUAGGAAGUUCGAGAUAGAUACGUUUUAACAUCUUACUGUUCAUAGACAAUUCCGGGAUAAAGUGUUUAUUUCUAGAGUAUAUACGUUUUGUUGUGUAGAAUAUUAGUUGCACGGAUUGAUCAUUUACACAUGGCCAUACCAGAUUAUUUUAUAUUCAAAUUUUACUGUUUAAACGUUCAAAAAUAUUUUAACAAACUCUGUGUACCUCUAAAAUUCUAUUUAUUCACUUUAACCUUAAAUCACUUCUGUUCGCACUCUUGUUUUUUGUCAGUGAGGCUGCGUAACUAUGAUAAUCGGCACUUUGUAAUUAUACAUCACGGAAAAUUAGGUUAUGAUUACCAUGCGUUUAUUUUGUUCAAUAUUGAUACUUUGUUUGUUUGGUUGACUUACUGAUCGUUGUAAAUUUCAGUUUUGUUUAUUGCUCUUGGUCUGUCGGGAGUGGUUCCUUGUGUACAUUAUAUUCUAAUUGAAGAUCUUCAGGAGGGUGUUCAUUAUUCUGCACUUGGAUGGCUUAUUCUAAUGGCUGUACUAUAUAUAUCGGGAGCUACCAUUUAUGCACUACGUAUACCUGAGCGUCUUUAUCCUGGUAAAUUUGAUAUUUGGGUAAGUUAUUUCAUUCUGGUUUGUCGAUUACAUUCUUGUUCAAAGUAAACUAUUUAAAAAAAUAUUAUUAACUCAAUUCAUCCAUAAAUAAAAAUCUUUACACUUGGCUUUUAAUCGACAUUGUACGUUUAUAGUCCAUUCAUAUUAUUCACAUUUAGCCUUCCACUGGUUUAAUUAUUAAGUAUUUAGGUUACUUUUAAUUGUCUAUUUCAUCUGAGUUUUUAGAAAACGUUAAUAUUAGGGAACUAAAGGUCCGGAUUAAGACAUGUUUUCGUACCAAUAAGAAGCUAGUGGAAAGAAAAUAUAAGGGAUUCAUUCUAUGUAUUAUAAGUUUCCGAUUAGUGCAAAUAACUCCAACGUAUUCUGUUCCACGCAGUUAGAUUUAGAUUACGUUGUUGGUGUUUCCUCAAUAACUGCGAUCGGUGAUUGGAAAUUUUAGUUAAGAUGACUCAAAAUCGUUUAAAAUUGAGCAGAUACAUUCGUUAUUUAUCCUCCUCUCGAUUGUGAAUCCUAAUAUCCCUCCUCAUAUGCGUCUCUAAUCUGUUUUUCCGGAUCAUGUUCCUAAUGUUUGAUCUUCCUGAUUAUCAUUGCUACUAUAUUAUAUUGAUCUCUUUUGCUAUUCAUCAUCUUAAUUUCAUCGCAUGUUGAUGUGUGAUAUGAUAACUUGGGCGGUCUCAUAUCUGUUAGACUCUGGGUCGAUGAUGAUUGACUGAUUAUUGAUUUGGAGUUCUGUAGCUAGAUCCUAACUCACAGUUUACAUAAACUUCGUCACAGCACUUUUUAAAGUUGUGUAUUGAUUUCUUGAUAAUUUAAUGAUACAAGUUCAAAAGUACAUUAAAACAUUUUAUGAAGCACAACCGAUAGACCUAUUGUUCUUGUAAGUAAUAUGUUGAUUUAAAAUAACAUUCCAUAGAAUCUAACAUAUUAACAUCGUUUUGAGUCAAUUGCGAAUGUUUAUAUCAAAUAAAUUCAUUUCACCACUCACCAUUUUCAAAUUUUGGUAAGCGAAUAACAGCAGUUGUGGUGGUACAAUAUAAGUACAUAUGGAGAGGCAGCUUAAUGGUUACGGAGCUUGGCUUGUAGCCAUUAUGUCCCGAAUUCGAACAUUAGUCGAUCUAAUUCUGUUUGAACAAUUGAGUAGUAUCAUUAACCCUCAAAUCUAGAGUGUGGGUCAUAACUGAGUACCCGGUGAAAUUAAUUGUGAGUUCAUUAGAUAUCUAAGUUCUUUUAAUGUUGUUACAAACUAAAAUAAGUUUUAAUUAUUUGGAAAAGGAAAAAAGACAAAUGCAGCAAACUUAAAAAAAAGAUAUGGAGGGAUUGAAAACUGACUCAUUAUUAUGUAAAUAUUGUGUUCUACGUUCAGAGCCAUUUGUUGUACGUUUUUGUUCCUAUGUAAAAUGUAAACUAGGCCUGGUUUCAAAUCAUACCAAAUUUUUUGCAUCUUUUAAAUAUGUUGUUAGUUCCUAGCCACACCUAUUUACAGGCUGUAACACUAUGUCUAUGCGAAGUAACAUUUUAUGCAAAAGCAGCAAACUGUGAACUAUUUCCCUUGUAGUUAUCGAAUUGUUUUAUUUAUCACUAAAUCAACAUUGUUUCAUUGUUUUUGGCAAUAUUUAGGUUAGAGAUUUAUAAAUGUCUGUUAAACCUGGAGGUAGAUUUCUACUAUGAACUGGUAAUUUAAUCGUAAUUGAAGUUUGACAUAAGCGUUAUUGAAAUUCGACUCAAUAGUUUGAAGUUAUCUUGCUUACCAUGAUAAAAGUGAAUGCCUAAGGUUGAGUGCCGUGCAUAGUUGUGAAUGUGUACUACUUUAAAGGUGGUCCCAAAGUAGAACAAAACAUUUCCCUGGUUUUCACUAGCUUUUGAUGGGUGAUGUUAGCUUAAAGUGGAAACUAUGUCGGAGUCCUUAGUAUUGGUUACUAAUUGUAACUUUAAGUAUUAGUUAAUAAUAUCGAUAAGACUAUGGCAUAUAUAGUGAAAUCUUAGUUGUUUCAUUUUUAGGUACGCACCGUGGCAGCCCGAAUAUACUUUUUUGACAGUUUAAAUAUUUGCAAUGAGACGAUAGUAGUUGUUUUCUUUUGUGGUAUUGUGAGAUGUUUUAGCUAAAAGCUUUUUGCACUUAACUGUUAAGUUAUCGACAUCAACAGUUUGGUGGAUAAUUUUAGUAAAUUUAUUUAAAUAGAGUAGUUCGAAUGUUUAAUAAUUGUGUUAGGAUUUACAUUAAACUUGGAUAGUUGAAGCACAUCUUACAUGCUCUAUAUUAACACCUCUAUUAUGGUAAACUUCGCUGUCCAGUGUGAUGUGACUGAAUGUAAAAAGUGUAAGCUAACCUAAAUAUGGAGUAGCACAUUUGUCUGUUGAAACCACUGAUUAUUCGUUUGACCUGUACAAAAAGAUGCAGUAUCACGGUUUACUGUACACUGUAUUUAGUUUCCAAAACGUAAUAUUAGUAAUUCCUCUGAAGUCACUACUUCAAAUAACAUCGUCGAAUAUAUAAUAUUAUGUGUUUGAUUCCAGUUACUCUAAAUUAACCCUUGUAAUGUAAAAGAGCAUAUAAAGUUUUAUUUUACUUCAUUGUUAAUUAUCUUCAUAUUCAAACACGUCACUUCAAUUUCAUUAGAGCAAAUGAUAAAUAAAGCAAAGCACUUUAAUGUUUUGAUCAGAUUUUGUGUGGAUUAUUAUAGAGCUAUUGAGUUAUUCAGCCACAUUCCUUCGGAAUAGAUCUAUAGUUUCUAGACGGAUUAUGAAGUCGAAUAUGCAGCUCGUAAAUAAUGUAUGCAAGUUAUAUCUAUAGUAAUUAUUUCAAGAUAGUACGUUUCUUAAUCUGGUCGGUGGCCUAUUAGAAUAUGAAUAGGGAAAUAUGGACAGGACUAUUUUAAACUUAGUUGGUAGAUUUUCUCAAUAAAUCGUUUAUUGUAAAGGAAUCUGUAAUAUCAAACUUUGAAAGUAUCUUAUCCUAGCCAAAAACUGUCAAGUUCAUUACUGAUUUUCUAUUUUGGAAAAUACUUUUAUCGUUUUGUAUAUUUCACCCGGUUGUAGCUAAUACCUUUUUGUGGUGGUUGGGAUUGGUUCUGAUGAUCCAAUAUAUCGAUUGGAAUAUAUGUUCCUUAAGGUUUUAACACGUCAGGGGUGUUGUUUAGAAGGUUGUAAGAACAAAAGCACUGAACCAGUGAUCAGAGGGCAAAAUCGCACUGUCGACUGUACAGAGAGUGAUGGGAGUAUGAUUUUUUCUUCAGACAACCUAUAUCUGCAAAGAUUCUGGCUUCUACAACAGUGGCGGGAGGUUAGAAAGAUUCGUUCCAAAUAUAACAUCCCAAAUUACCCCGAAGACAACUGUUGUCUGUUUUAAGGCCUUCAAAGUAUGGGGUUGACACACCAAAAACUACUUACGAAACGGCUAUGCGUGACUGUCCUCAAUCAAUUGUCCCUUGGACAAUGGGGAUCACUCCUUACGUCUUAAAUGCCAUCGCUAAUCCAGUUUCCUGUUUAGAUCUCCGAAAAAGAAGAGUCUUAUGGUGUAAGUAACCGGGAGUGAUAAGUGUCCUCAUAUCUUUAACAGCGAAUUUGAUGACUGACUCUCAUGUAUACCCUUUUUCAACUUUUCUUAAUUAUAUUUUAGUAUUAUUCAUACUGUUGUUAUCAUCAUAGUAUCAUCUUUUAAAAAGUUUUAUUCUUCAAUGUUUCCCUUUAUAUUUUCAGUUCCAAAGUCAUCAAAUAUUUCAUGUAUUUGUUGUAUUGGCUGCCUUAGUACACUUGAAUGGUAUUAUGGAAAUUGCUCAGCAUCGAUUAAGCAAAGGCGGUUGCGAUAAUCAACUGUAAAUGUGUUAAAAUAUCCUCUCUCUUUAUCCAUUUCAUUUUUAUGAAUAUUCUUACUUUUCCAGGACAUUAUCUACCAUAUUACUACUGUGUUUGUUCAUGUAGGAUAUAAUAUAAUCAGGACUGUGUACAGAAAUGUAGAUUUGUAAUUGUUUUUGCCUCGAAUAUACUAAUCAAAUAUUCAAUGGUUUCUUUAGACUUUCUUAUAUUUUAUCGUGAAUUAUUUCAUUCCAAUGGCAUUUUCAGAAUAUAUCAAAUAAUUUAUUUCUUAUCUCUUUCUCUCCAUUUUUGACACACACACAUACAAUACCUAUGCCUAUUUAUUCUAACGUAACCAAUAAGUAUGUUUUGUUACUUAUUUAUGCAUAUGACUACGUGUUUGUAUACAGUUGUGCACGUAUGUAAAAAGCGUUGUUUUCUGUGUUAUUGUUUGCGGUUGUUUCUCGUUUCAGCAAGGAACAGGUCAUUGUUAUUAUUAUUAUUUUAGAAGGUAUUAGUUUAGUAUUUUGCCUUUUAUUUUCAAUAAAGAAUAAACUGUUUUGUUUUUCUUUUCAUGAGUCCACCUUAAUGAAUAAACGACCGUGAAAUUAUUACUACUAAGGGAAAUACGAACAACGGAUAUAUAUAUAUAUAUAUAUAUAUAUAUAUAUAUAUAUAUGCUCAAUAGUUUUAUUCACCAAAUAUUCCUUAUAUUGGAUUGAAACUUUUCUGUCUUUUAAAAGGGAUAAAUAAUUCUUUCAUUAGUGUUUUAUGAUCAAUUCACACUGGUCUCAUUUUUACAUACAUCAACCUGAAUCUUAGAAUAAUGAGAAGACGCAGAUUGUUCUAUUUUUGUGCACGAAAUUUUGGUCUAAUCUAAAAAAACAGUCCUCAGGUUGUCUUGUGGUAGGAUUAAAGCAUAGCACAGAAUGUUUAUUUCAUGAAAUCAACAUUUGCCUACAUCAUCUGUACAAGUAUGCACUAAUUCUGGCGGUCAGUAUGAGUUUAUGACAGAAAACUGUCGAACAAUUUUAUUAUUUGUGUUCACCACCCAGACAUUCAAUUGGUCAAUGCUAUUAUAUAUAUAUUGUGUGUGUGUGUGCAGAUGUACAAUCUCACUACUGUCAAUAACAGUUAUAAUAAUAGUUGACCGAUAUUCAAACAAUUGUUUAUUUCCAAAUGUCCUUGACAUGAUUAUUACCGGUUUCUCAAAAUACACUGAAAACACUACUAGUAUUAUUAUUACUAUUACUAUUAUCAUUAUCUAUUUUAAAGUACGUAUUUUUCGGUAAUUACGCCUGUUACACUUUCUCAUAUCAACUUCUGUUUUCGUGUUCAUGUUUCACUUUGGAAGUAUCGCUUUUUUAAAAAGAAUGCUGCUCACAAACUUAUUUUUCAGUGCCCGUAUCUUAUAAAAAAUUAGAAAUAAAGUAAGCAAAUGGAUUAGAAUUACACAACUUUUUGUUUUGUAUGAUGAAUAGCUCAGGAUUGAUGUUAACUGUGUUUCAUCAGUUAAUAUCGUAACAGAAGAUGGUUUUUAUUAGGAAAAGUUGCAAAGUUUUUGAGAAUAACUGCUAGUUCCGCUGUACUGUUUAGCUGCAUCUUCAAAUGGUUUGUUCACAGUUAGAUUUUUCCAACUGAACUAAUCUACAUUUGAUAAUAAGAGUUCUAUAACUUACACAUUUAUCUUAUUAAACAAUUAAGCAUAUAUAAUCCUUCUUAAGAUACGGAUACAUGUCAUAUG